AUGUCGGCUUUGGCCGUAGCUACGGCGGCGGCCGCCACGGCGGCGGCGGUGACGGCGGCGCGCUCGGAGAAACCCAGCAGCCCCGGCUCGUCGCGGGGGUUCUACUUCAACACGGUGCUGUCGCUCGCCCGCUCGCUGGCCGUCCAGAGACCCGCUCCGCUAGAGAAGGUACAGAAACUACUAUGCAUGUGUCCAGUAGAUAUCCAUGGGAUCUUCCAGCUGGAUGAGCGUCGCAGAGAUGCCGUGAUUGCUUUGGGAAUUUUUCUUAUUGAGUCUGAUCUACAGCAUAAAGAUACCCUCGUUCCUUACCUUCUCCGGCUGUUGAGGGGCCUUUCCAAAGUGCAGUGGAUAGAAGAAAGCAAUUCCCGGAAAGGCCGAGGCCUGCUUCCUGUUGCAGAAAACUUCAGCUUUUGUUUGGUGACCUUGUUAUCCGAUGUUGCCUACAGAGAUGGUGUUCUUAGAGACCAGGUUUUGGAGGCAAUUUUGCAAAUGAUGCAGAUCCUGCUGGGAAUGUGCCAGUCUCCACAAAUCCAGGAUAAAGAAUACUUAUGCAAGUAUGCUGUGCCAUGCCUGAUUGGAAUUUCCCGAGCCUUUGGACGCUACAGCCACUCUGAAGAGUCUCUGCUGUCAAAACUUUUCCCUAAAGUUGCUCCUCAUUCCCUCAAAGCCCCAAGCGAGCUGGACGGCAUUCGCAGACGCUCUUUUAAUGACUUUAGAUCAAUACUUCCGCACUCCCUACUGUCUGUCUGUCAGGAAGGAUCCUUAAAGCGGAAGGCCAGCAGCGUUUCCAGCAUGUCUCAGGUCAGUCCUGAACGUGGAGUUCCUCCUCCUUGUUCCCCUGGAGGAUCUGCGCAAUAUUUUGAAGCAGGCUCCUACCUACCUGACGGAAGUGCAGUGGAUCCUAAUUAUUACUUCUCGACAAUCAGUUCCAGCUUCUCAGUCUCACCCCUGUUUAAUGGCAUUAACAGCAAGGAGUUUAACAUUCCAUUAGAAAUGCUUCGCCAGCUGCUGAACAUGGUAAAACAGAUUGUGGGGGAAUCAGUUCUGAAAAACCUAGAUGUGAUCGUUGCUGAAUUUAUUGAGGUGAAUCCCCAUGCAGAUCUGUGCUACAAAAUGUUCAGUGACCCUCUUUAUGUUGCCCAGUUUAAAAUGCUGCGAGACACGUUAUACUAUAUGAAAGACCUCCCAAACUCAUUUGUGAAGGAAAUUCAUGACUUUGUGCUGGAGCAGUUCAACAGCAGCCAGUCGGAGCUCCAGAAAAUCCUUCAUGACGUAGACAGGUUACACAAUGAGCUGAAUCCUCUGAAACUGCGCUGCCAGGCGAAUGCUGCCUGUGUGGAUCUCAUGGUGUGGGCUGUGAAAGACGAACAAGGGGCUGAAAACCUGUGCAUCAAGCUGUCGGAGAAGCUGCAGUCCAAGACCUCCAGCAAAGUUAUCAUCGCCCACUUGCCCCUUUUGAUCUGCUGCCUACAGGGUUUAGGCCGUUUGUGCGAGAGGUUCCCCGUCGUGGUUCAUUCUGUCACUCCGUCUUUGAGAGACUUCCUUGUGAUCCCUUCCCCUGUCCUGGUGAAACUUUACAAGUACCACAAUCAGUAUCAGACAGGUGGCAAUGACAUCAAAAUCAGUAUAACAAAUGAACAUGCAGAAUCCACUGUAAGUGUAAUGUCGGGGAAGAAAAGUCAAGCCUCCAUGUAUGAACAACUUCGGGAUAUUGCAAUUGAUAAUAUCUGCAGGUGCCUGAAAUCUGGGCUGACCAUAGAUCCGGUCAUUGUUGAAGCCUUCCUAGCCAGUCUGUCUAACCGUCUCUAUAUUUCGCAGGAGAGUGAUAAGGAAGCUCACCUGAUUCCUGAUCACACAAUCCGUGCCUUGGGGCACAUUGCAGUGGCAUUGAGGGACACUCCGAAAGUGAUGGAGCCAAUCCUUCAGAUCCUGCAGCAGAAGUUCUGCCAGCCACCAUCUCCCCUGGAUGUGCUCAUCAUUGACCAACUGGGCUGUUUAGUGAUAACUGGAAAUCAAUAUAUUUACCAGGAGGUAUGGAAUCUGUUUCAGCAGAUUAGUGUUAAAGCGAGUUCAAUUGUAUAUUCUGCAACAAAAGACUAUAAGGAUCAUGGCUAUAGACACUGUUCCUUAGCUGUGAUUAAUGCCCUGGCUAACAUAGCUGCAAAUAUACAAGGUGAACACCUUGUAGAUGAAUUGCUGAUGAACUUGCUGGAACUGUUUGUACAGCUUGGGCUUGAAGGAAAGAGAGCCAGCGAGAGAGCGAGUGAAAAAGGCCCAGCUCUGAAGGCAUCGAGCAGCGCAGGGAACCUGGGAGUGCUGAUUCCUGUGAUUGCUGUGCUAACAAGACGCUUGCCACCCAUCAAAGAAGCUAAGCCCAGGCUACAGAAGCUCUUCCGUGAUUUCUGGCUGUACUCAGUGCUCAUGGGAUUUGCCGUGGAAGGCUCAGGUCUUUGGCCAGAAGAGUGGUACGAAGGUGUUUGUGAGAUAGCGACCAAAUCACCGCUGCUGACGUUUCCUAGCAAAGAGCCUCUUCGCUCUGUCCUUCAGUACAAUUCUGCCAUGAAAAACGACACAGUCACUUCUGCUGAACUGAAUGAGCUACGGAGCACCAUCAUAAAUCUCUUGGAUCCUCCUCCAGAAGUGUCUGCCCUAAUCAAUAAGCUGGACUUUGCCAUGUCAACUUACCUGUUAUCAGUGUACCGUCUGGAAUGCAUGAGGGUAUUGCGUUCAACAGAUCCAGAUCGCUUUCAAGUGAUGUUUUGCUAUUUUGAGGAUAAAGCUAUUCAGAAAGACAAAUCUGGCAUGAUGCAGUGUGUCAUAGCUGUUGCAGAUAAGGUGUUUGAAGCUUUCCUCAGCAUGAUGGCUGACAAACCUAAAACUAAAGAAAACGAAGAAGAGCUGGAGAGGCAUGCUCAGUUCCUGCUGGUGAAUUUCAACCACAUUCACAAGAGGAUCAGGCGGGUUGCAGAUAAAUAUUUAUCAGGCCUUGUAGAUAAGUUCCCCCAUUUACUGUGGAGUGGAACUGUGCUGAAAACCAUGUUAGAUAUCCUUCAGACUCUCUCACUGUCUCUGAGUGCUGACAUUCAUAAAGACCAACCAUACUAUGACAUUCCAGAUGCUCCGUACAGAAUCACUGUACCUGACACAUAUGAAGCUAGAGAGAGCAUAGUCAAGGAUUUUGCUGCACGCUGUGGAAUGAUCCUGCAGGAAGCCAUGAAGUGGGCUCCUUCAGUCACAAAAUCUCACUUGCAGGAGUAUUUGAACAAACACCAAAACUGGGUAUCUGGCUUGUCACAACACACAGGGCUGGCUAUGGCCACAGAAAGUAUUCUCCACUUCGCCGGUUAUAACAGACAGAACACCACCUUGGGGGCAACCCAGUUAACCGAAAGGCCUACCUGUGUGAAGAAGGACUACUCCAAUUUCAUGGCUUCUCUGAACUUGCGAAACCGCUAUGCUGGAGAAGUAGCUGGGAUGAUUCAGUACUCCAGUGCCACAGACCGUGCGGCGAAUCUCAAUAAGCUAAUGAUCAAGCAGCUCAACGAUGCCCUGGAACCAGGCCAGCCGGAACUCUACACUCAGGCCAUGUUUAAGCUGACCGCUUUGUUAAUAUGCAGUAAAGAUUGUGACCCUCAACUCUUGCAUCACCUCUGCUGGGGACCUCUGCGAAUGUUUACUGAACAUGGUAUGGAAACGGCGAUCGCUUGCUGGGAAUGGCUGCUAGCUGCUAAGAACGGAAUAGAAGUGCCGUUCAUGCGAGAAAUGGCCGGGGCUUGGCAAAUGACCGUGGAGCAGAAAUUUGGCCUGUUCUCCGCUGAGGUGAAGGAAGCAGAUCCGUUAGCAGCUUCGGAAGAGAGUCAACCCAAACCUUGCCCUCCGGAGGUCACACCGCAUUACAUCUGGAUAGAGUUCUUGGUGCAACGGUUUGAAAUUGCAAAGUACUGCAGCUCUGACCAGGUGGAAAUCUUCUCUAGCUUACUACAGCGGUCCCUUUCUCUGAACAUUGGUGGCUCAAAGGGCAGUAUGAACCGACACGUGGCAGCUAUUGGCCCACGUUUCAAGCUGCUCACCCUGGGGCUGUCUCUGCUGCAUGCUGACGUGGUUCCAAAUGCAACUAUUCGCAAUGUCUUGCGAGAAAAGAUCUAUUCUACUGCCUUUGACUACUUCAGCUCUGCCCCCAAGUGCCCAACCCAAGGUGAGAAAAGGCUACGCGAAGAUAUCAUCAUACUAAUCAAGUUUUGGACUGCAAUGUUUUCCGACAAGAAAUAUUUAACAGCCAGCCAGCUUGUGCCUCCUGACAAUCAAGACACACGAAGCAACUUGGACAUCACUGUGGGCUCUCGGCAGCAAGCUACACAAGGAUGGAUAAACACAUACCCUUUGUCCAGUGGCAUGUCAACUAUCUCCAAGAAAUCAGGCAUGUCUAAGAAGACUAAUAGAGGUACCCAGCUACACAAGUACUACAUGAAAAGGAGAACUUUGCUUUUAUCUUUCCUGGCUACUGAGGUUGAACGUCUCAUCACGUGGUACAACCCACUCUCUUCCCCUGAGUUAGAGUUGGAUCAGACCGGAGAGAACAGUGUCGCAAACUGGAGGUCCAAGUACAUCAGCCUAACUGAGAAACAGUGGAAAGAUAAUGUGGACCUGGCAUGGAGCAUUUCUCCUUAUCUGGCUAUCCAGCUGCCUACCAGAUUUAAAAACACAGAAGUAAUUGUAAUGGAAGUCACCCGUCUGGUUCGCUUGGACCCAGGAGCCGUCAGCGAUAUACCGGAAGCAAUAAAGUACCUUGUUACAUGGCACACGAUAGAUGCAGAUGCUCCUGAACUCAGUCACAUUCUGUGCUGGACACCUACAGAUCCCCCUACAGGCCUGUCAUAUUUUUCGAGCAUGUAUCCACCCCAUCCCUUGACAGCUCAGUACGGAGUUAAAGUACUGCGGUCUUUCCCUCCGGAUGCCAUUUUGUUUUACAUUCCACAGAUUGUGCAGGCACUUAGAUAUGAUAAGAUGGGCUAUGUACGGGAAUACAUCUUGUGGGCCGCCUCCAAAUCCCAGCUUUUGGCUCACCAGUUCAUUUGGAAUAUGCAUACAAACAUCUACUUGGAUGAAGAGGGACAUCAGAAAGACCCUGACAUCGGGGAGCUGCUGGAGCAGCUGGUCGAGGAAAUAACUAGCUCACUGUCUGGGCCUGCAAAGGAGUUUUAUCAACGUGAAUUUGAUUUCUUCAACAAAAUCACCAAUGUUUCGGCCAUCAUCAAGCCUUACCCUAAAGGUGAAGAAAGAAAGAAGGCCUGUUUGAGUGCCUUGUCUGAGGUGAAAGUUCAGCCCGGUUGUUAUUUGCCUAGCAAUCCUGAAGCCAUUGUUUUGGACAUUGACUACAAGUCAGGAACGCCCAUGCAAAGUGCUGCAAAAGCCCCCUACUUGGCCAAGUUCAAGGUGAAGAGGUGUGGAGUCAGUGAACUUGAAAAAGAAGGUCUCCGUUGUCGUUCUGACUCCAUAGAUGAAAGCGGAGAAGAUGGGGUGGAAAGCAAGAAGGUUUGCUGGCAGGCGGCUAUUUUUAAAGUGGGUGACGACUGCAGACAGGACAUGCUGGCCUUGCAAAUCAUCGAUCUUUUCAAGAACAUAUUUCAACUAGUAGGACUGGACCUCUAUGUGUUUCCCUACAGAGUAGUGGCCACAGCUCCAGGGUGUGGUGUUAUUGAAUGCAUUCCUGAUUGCACCUCCCGCGACCAGCUGGGUAGACAGACAGACUUUGGGAUGUAUGACUACUUUACAAGGCAAUAUGGAGAUGAAUCCACCCUGGCGUUCCAAAAGGCUCGCUACAACUUCAUCCGCAGCAUGGCUGCCUAUAGCCUCCUGCUGUUCUUGCUGCAGAUUAAAGACCGGCACAAUGGCAACAUCAUGCUGGACAAACACGGGCAUCUCAUCCAUAUUGAUUUUGGUUUCAUGUUUGAGAGUUCGCCUGGUGGAAAUCUGGGUUGGGAGCCGGACAUCAAACUGACCGAUGAGAUGGUGAUGAUCAUGGGAGGGAAAAUGGAGGCGACGCCAUUCAAGUGGUUCAUGGAGAUGUGUGUCAGGGGGUACCUUGCGGUCAGGCCUUAUAUGGAUGCAGUGGUCUCUCUGGUCACAUUGAUGCUUGACACGGGGCUGCCCUGUUUCCGAGGGCAGACAAUCAAACUAUUAAAGAACAGGUUCUGCGCCAACAUGACUGACCGAGAGGCAGCUACCUUCAUCGUCAAGAUAAUUCAGAACUGCUUCCUCAGCAACAGGAGUAAAACCUAUGAUAUGAUCCAGUACUACCAGAAUGAUAUCCCCUACUGAAGCAAGCAGGAUGAUUAUGUUGAGCAGCGGAAGAAGGACGCCACAUUCCCUUUUGUUGCGGUCCAAUGUGAAUUCCAACAUCACGCUUGUACGACCUCCGGUCUCUCCUUGCGUGUGCAUGCGAACGUGGCUGUCCCUCCCUUUUCUGGAUCUCUCAACAAUCAGCAGCCCUUAAGUAGUUCCUUUGGAUCUUUUCCUGGGAUGUGUCUGUGUUCCUGAUUACAUAAGAGUUUGCUGCAAUCACCGUCUGAAAUCCUAUUCUGGCUCUGAACGUGUGUGAAUCAGUGGGCGC